AUGAACAUAUUCGCUUACGAUCGCACUUCAUGCAUCCUCUGUGGGGGCCGAUUGGAGUCAAAUGCUAGAAAAUGGUGCGCCAAAGAGAUCCGACUCUGUUCGUUGAACCCCUCUCAUAGAGCUCCCAUAGAAUGUUCCUCCGUCCCAGUCCACCUGUCAAUUGUGUACACAUCCUCCGUCGAUUGCACCCAAGCGACGCUCUCUGGCGUUGGGCUCAUCCGCCAUGGCUCCCUUGUCCAAGUCCCCAUCGACCCCAAUGAGGUGGACAUGAGCAGACAGCCAAGAGGCUUAAAUGAGCGCCCUGGUUUCAUAAAGGUGCGAUUGCACAGCCUCAAGAGGCAUCAGAAUACACAGACUCUUCGACAGCAUGGAUCCCUCUUCGUUAGACCGCCUGUCCCCUUCCUCUGGGGCUUUGCCAUCCAUUCUUUUUGCUGGGACAUGCUCAAUGCCGAGAGCGCACCCGAUCUUCAAGUUUUGUUCCAAGCCUGCUUGUCAAUGCCGCUCAGCAGGAGCGGCGCAUUGGACUGGGGCCACGACUAUUGUGGCCUGAUAGAUCCUGACCCGAUCGAGGAUCCAAGAGGCUCAAAGCUGGGAGGCAGAGACCUGAUGGGGAACUGGUGGAAUAGUUCAAGCCCUUCCCAAAUUCCAGAGAUUCAGGAACUCGUAGAAGCUGAACAUAUCGCUCCGAGUACAGCGCAGCCCAUACCCGAGAAGCGUCAGGAAAUACCUACUGCGGGAGAUUGUUUCUUAUCAUUGCCAACGGAAUUGCGAGAAAUGGUUCUAUUUAACCUUCCGUCAAAAGCUGUCCGUGCACUGAGGCGGGCAUCUCCGGUAUUUGCCAAUAUGCAUCUACCAGAUGAAUUUUGGGCCUCAAGGUUUGCAUUCGGUCAUGAGUGUGGAUAUGUACUGGAGGCUCGAUCGUUGAAACCUCGGUCUUGGCGGUCAUUGUACUUCGCCGUCGAGAGGCUGAAAGAGGAGCACCCAACAAUAUCUUUAUCAGGUCGCUUCCGUGUUUGGGAACUAUCAUACAGGCUCAAACACCAGCUCCGCGAAGCGGUUCACCCAGCUUGCCGUGGCGAGCCUGUCAUAGGAUUGAUCGAACCUCAGCACAGCGAUGAGUGGCUCAAGACCCAGUGGCAGACUGCUACCAGAGGGCUGGUGAAUGAGCCUGAUUUCUUCGAAUUUGGUUGCAGGCCGCUGCGGACCCGUAUUGUUCAGGUACCAACUCCGCUGAGACUAGACAAGGUGGUUGUUUCAUUUGCUAGGGUUGGUGCCGAGAGGUAUAUUUCUGGACUGGAACUUGUUAUUCACAACGAUUCAUCAGUCAAGAUUGGGUACACUGGUCGAAGAGAGCAACUAAUUGAGGUUGAUGAGAGCCUUUUGCCGAUUUGCGGAUGGCAUCUAGCCCUAGGCAUGUCAGGAAUCCAAGGUAUUGCCGCUAUCAUGAAGGAUGGCUCUCUGUCCUCCUCGGUUGGGAAAUAUGAAGAUCUACCUCAAUACUCGCUACGAGGAGGCGGAGGUGAUAUUCUCGCGAUGAAGGGCGAAUUUGAUGCGUUUCGUAUGGUCUCUUUAAGCAUGCACACCAGUAACAUGGUGGAUAGGACAUGGGUAAACAAUGGACCAUGGAAGUACCUUUGUCCCUGGAUGCCGGAAAUACCACCUGAUCAUUAUUUCUUGGAUGGAAGUGGGCAGAGGUAUGCUCACUGGUACAUGGGAAUGGAGGAAGGGACCGAUGUUGGGAAGUCUCGUCCGAUCGAUACCUUUUAUUUCGGCGGCUCUCACGGAGAGCUUUUGCCAUUGCUAAAGGGGAUAGUGGUCUGGGCGCUCAGUGGGAUAACUAUACAAAUCACGGGCAUCGAGUUUACAUACACCGAUUCGCGCAGAGAUCGAUUCUUCGGCAUGAUUACCUCUGGCCCCGACCUGGAGGAUCAAAUCCUAGGGAACCCCGAGGAACUCAAAUUCAGUGUGCCAAUAGAUGGUCCUGGCGGAGAACGAAUCAAAUGCAUCGACGUUUUGUAUACGAAAUUAUUCGAUACCAGACCGAUGUUAAAAGGUUUAAAAAUUCGUACCAACCUUCGCACAUCUGAAGUGUUGCCACCCCCUAAAGCAUCUAAGCGGAAGAUCACCAGUAAUAUUGUCGACAGUUCCGAGGGCACCAACCAAGCCAUUGAUCGGCCCAGAACUGUCGAGGUUCCCAAGAAUUGGGUUACCUUGGAACCUCGCGGGCAAGAACUCGUUGGAUUUUAUGCAGUCUUAGGUUGGAAUAUGGUCGAGCACUUCGGUUUAAUUUCCAUGGACAAGCCAUGA